AUGAGCCAUCAACUGUCCGUGGAAGCCAACAAGAAGCAUUUUGACAACAGCUAUGACAAUAUCCCCGCCAUAAGGGUGAUGUCACAAGUAUUUGCGCUGGAGAUUGUCAAUUUUGACGUUUCAGCGAAAAGAAAACCCUUUACUGAUACAGAGGAGCCAAUCGAUGUGGACCAGGUUGUCAGUGACUUUCAGCAGCAGAAGCAGAUCCUAGGCAAUUUGCUCAAACCUGACUCGAAAGUUAUUGACUUUGCUUGUGGCACGGGCCUUGUCGCAGAACGCUUAGUUCCCUUCAUGCCAAAAGGUGAGUUUGUUGGUAUAGACAUCACAGAACUGAUGCUCGAGAGUUUCGACACGAGAGCCUCUGCAUUGCGCCAGAACUUUCCUGAACUCAAAAUCAAGUCUAUAUGUGCCGAUAUUAUGGACAAUUUCGAGAUGGGCUCUUUGGAAGGAUUUGCUGAUGUGCUCAUUUGCACUCUCUCGUUCCACCACAUCCACGCUUACGAAGCCGUGUCCGAGGAAAUCAAAAAAAUGGUCCGUCCCGGUGGCUGGAUCUUGAUCUACGAUUUCUACAAUGAGGAUUUAGAGAACGAGGAGGUGGCUCAGGAGCUACAAGAACGAGGCAUGGCUCGUCACGGCUUGACCUUGGACGAAAUGACCGCAUGUUUGCAGAAAGGGUGUGUCAAUGUUAGCAGUGCUCGAGAAUUCAGAGCAAAUCUUUGGCUUGAUGAACAAUUUAUCCACAGUCACUGCAAGACCGAGGUGAAACGAGAGAUACACAAGGCGCCCCAGAAGGACGGUCUCUUCCGCGUCACUUCGAGUGUUGUGCUUGGACUUGCACAAAAGGCGUGA